GUCUAAUAGCCAUAUAGUCUGAUAUGAUAGGUUUUCGGUAAUAUUUUUUGAUGGAAUUUCAAUCGAAUUUAUAUCACAAAAUAAUUGAAAGGGAUGAACGCGAAUUUUUGCCAUUUAUUGAUAUAAUAGAUUCACAUAACAAAGUUCUCACUAAUUUUGUACUUUUGAAAAAUUAUGUAUUAGAUUUAGAAUGUGAUAUAGGCAAACUUAAGGAUGAGAAUACUAAACUUCAUUUAUUUGCUACAAAAAAUAUAUUUCAAAAAGUAGACAAUUUAAAUGAUGAUAAUGAGAAAGUUGAUGGAAUUAAAAAUGAUUAUAUGUUAUCACUCCACACAAAACUAUUAUUGUUGCAAGAAGAAUUGACAUAUAUGUUAAAUUAUAAAAGAGAGAAUAUCCUAAUUAUAGCUGAUAUGACCAAAAAAUUACGCGAAAAAGAUGACUAUUUGUUAAUUAAAGAAGACGAAACAAAAAAUAAAGAUUCAGAUAUAUUGAAGCUAAAACAAAAUAAAUUUCAACUGAGUCAAUCGUUAAAAGAGUUAGAAGCAACUAAUCAGCUACUAUAUGACGAGCAACAAGCCUUGCAACUUGCUUUUGAAUCACUGCAACUUAAAUACGAAAAAUGUCAAGAGGAAAAUAACGAACUCUUAGAAAGAUGGUUAAAGCAAAAAUCUAGAGAUAUUGACCGAAUCAAUUUGGAAAAUGAGGCACAUCGAAAGCAGGGUAUAAAACAAAUGAGCAAAGAUCUUAUCGAAGCAGCCAUUGAAGGCAAUGUUGAUAUGCAAGUUAAAGACCGGAAGAAUCUAUCGAGUUUUGAAAUUCUUACACCCAUUUUAUCAUGUAGAAAUCCAUCUGUUCAUUCAAAAUCAAUAUUACCAAGCCACGUUUUUUAUGAAUCGAUCAAUGCUCACGAGUCAGAGGUAACGUCACUUGCUAUAUAUCCUUCAUAUUCAAAUAAUGGUAGAAUUUUUGGAACAGGAGGGGCUGAUCGCAAAAUAAAAUUAUGGGAAAUAGGAAAUGAUGUAUGUGAAUGCAAAUCCGAAUUUUUAGGUUGUUCAGGUGGCAUCACCUCCAUUCAAUUUGACUCAGAGGGUGUAUAUCUAUUAGCUUCCUCGAAUGAUUUCGCCACACGUCUUUGGACUGUUGAAGAUAAAAGAUUAAGACACACACUAACUGGUCAUAGUGGUAAAGUCCUUUCGGCCAAAUUUUUGGAGGGUUCAACAAAAGUGGUAUCGGGAAGUUAUGAUAGGACUAUCAAAACAUGGGAUCUUAAUAACAAAACAUGCAUCAAAACUUUAUUUGCAGGAUCAAGUUGUAACGAUUUAGUAGUUGUAGAAAAAGGAGGGAAUUGCAUUAUUAGUGGUCACAUAGAUAAGAAAGUUCGAAUUUGGGAUGUGAGGAUUAAUACAUCAUCUAUUAGCAAUAGUACUCCCGUGUUUGAAAUAUCUUUAGCUGAUAAAAUCACCUCGGUGGAUUUGAAUAAUGAUCAAACAAAUAUACUAGUUAGUUGUAGAGAUGACAUCCUAAAGAUUUUUGACAUACGAUUCAAUAAUUUUGAAAGCAAAUUUGGAUCGAAUUUUGACAAUGAUGAAAAUAGAUCCAUAACCAAUUUGAAAGCGGAUGGAUUUCACAUUUCUUUUGAUUGGACCCGCUCCUGCUUUAGUUCAGACAAUACUAUGGUCAGUUGUGGAAAUUUUGAUGGAUCAAUUUACAUCUGGCACUGUUACAAUGGAAAUCACUUUAAAAUCAAUUCUGAUAACAACACAAACGCCCCAACAAUGUGCACUAAAUGGAGCUUAUUUGGAAAUUUUUUUAUAACAUGCGAUUACAAAAAAAGAAUAACUGUUUGGUCAUGAUAAUUUAAAUAAUAUAUGAAAUAUAUUUG